AAAAAAAAAAGACGGGUAUGGCUAAAUCGACUCAACUCGUUACGCUGUGCACUCAUUUAUAUAUUUUAUAGUGUCCACGACGUUAGCUUCUGGGUGUUACAAACUUCGUGGCAAACUUAAUAUACCCCAAGAAAAAAUUAGUAAUAUGUUCCGGGAAUGCUUAAGAUAGUUCGGUGUUGAAAGUAUAUCUUUGAAAACUUCGAAUAUAUAUGUAUGAAUCAUUUAAGCGUCAAAAAUUCUCAGAAAUCACAGAAAAGCAAACAAUUGGGGUUAAAAGUUCUGUCAAUUAUUUAGAAAUAUAUUAAUUAAAAUUUUUUUUACUCAACGACUGUAAAAAUUUCAUUUCGUUACAAACACUACUCCUUGAUGUCUAUCAGAAUAAUGGGAAGAAGACUUUUGAAAUUUUAACAGAUACAAAAUUAUAAAAAAAAAUCUGCUCGCCUCAAAAUUUAAAAUCUCCAAAAAAAUAUUGCAAAAUUCAAAAUCUUAAAAAUAUUUUGCAAAAUUAAUACUCAAAAAAAUUCUACGAAUGUUUCGCACAUUUUAGUUUCGGUAAUCCACACAACAUUCACAGUUUAUGAAGGCUACAACAAUAAAUGUCAAGCCGCGGUGAAAUUAUACAAAUUCAUAUUGGACAAGCUGGUGUACAAAUAGCAAAUGCCUGCUGGGAGUUGUAUUGUCUCGAACAUGGAAUCAUGGCGAAUGGUGCACUCUGCCAAAUGCCGAACGACGAUUCGUUUCUCACAUUUUUCGGCAUCUCAGGCAUGGCGCUAAAAGUGGUUCCACGUAUUGUGAUCGUCGACACUGAGCCAACUGUUAUCGAUGAAAUACGCACGGGCGCCUACAGAUAUCUCUUUCAUCCGGAUACCCUCAUAAGCGGUAAGGAGGAUGCAGGCAGCAAUUUUGCACGCGGCUACAAUCUACUCGGCCACGAUCUCAUUGAUCGCACAAUGGAUGCCAUACGACGAGUUUCAGAGCAGUGUCGGAAUUUACGUGGUUUUCUAAUAUUUCGUGCCAUUGGUGGCGGUACCGGUUCAGGUUUCGGCACGCUAUUGCUGGAAAAGUUGGCCGACGCCUAUGGCAGGAAGACAACAAAAGCCGAGUUUCUAGUAUUUCCAUCUCCCUCACUUUCGCCUAUUAUUGUUGAACCCUAUAAUGCCUUGCUGGCCACACACUAUUCGAUGGACUAUGUGGAUGUGUCCUUCAUUGUGGAUAACGAAGCUUUGUAUGAAAUCUGCGAUACGAAGCUUGGUGUUUCAGCGCCCACAUAUACCAAUUUGAACCGUAUUAUAGGACAGGUUGUCUCCGCAUUCACAGCGUCGCAGCGCUUUUAUGGCACGAACAAUGUAUCAUUUGAGGAAUUCCAAACAAAUCUUGUGCCUUAUCCACGCAUACACUAUCCACUGCUUACCUACGCGCCGCUGGUGCCGGUCAGCAAGUUUCCCUAUGUGAACAGUAAUGUUGAGCAGCUGACGCAGUCCUGCUUUCAUCCGGGCAGUCAAAUGGUGCGUUGUAAUCCGACGCUCGGCAAAUAUAUGGCUUGUGUACUCCUUUACCGAGGUGACGUUUCGCCGAACGAUAUCAACUCCUCCAUCCAACAUAUUAAAUCAUCUCGUACUGCACGUUUCGUGGAUUGGACGCCCACUGGGUUCAAAAUUGGCGUUAAUGCCAUGCCGCCGGUAUUUGUACCGGGUGGCGACCUAGCGCCUACAUCUCGUGCCGUCUGUGCGAUUUCCAACAAUACAAUCAUUCGCAGUGCUUGGUGUCGGCUGGUUAGUAAGUAUGAUAAGUUGUACAAUCGGCGUGCCUUCGUGUAUCAUUUUGUGGGAGAGGGCAUGGAGGAGGGCAGUCUCUCGGAAGCAUCGCAAAACGUUUGUCAGCUCGUGGCUGACUAUUAUGAGGUAGAAUCAUCAGCACGCAGUUCAGUUACGCAAGACGACAACGAUAACUAACAUUUUUUUGCUCGUACUUAGAACACAUUAUAUUAUAUAAAACUUUUUUGUUCCAAAAUCCAAAAAAAUAUAUAAUUGUAAAUUGAUUAUUACUGAAAUGUAUAGUGAAAGCUC